AUGGACUUCGUCUAUGACGCUUACACGGAUGGCACUUUGGAUGCGACGGAUAUAAAGCUUCCGCCAAUCCCGGCUCCGCCCCUGAAUUUGCCCGCUUUCACCAAUUACCGUGAAGAUCUUACUCGAAAGUUUUCAGGGCUGAUUCUCAAGAAUCUUCAGCCGCGACAGCAGGACGAAACUGUUGCCGAAGAUGACUCUGGGAUGGCCAAUGCGUAUGCACGCGCAUCUCUUGUGUUGGCAGAUUCUGGCAGUUCAGAUCCGACUGCGGCUGCGGGUACAAUGGACGCUGCUGCUACGCGGUCGCAGUCAGUUUUGGGAACGCGGUUGAUCCGCGUGCUUAAUUCAUCAAACUUCGACUCAUCGCUGCGAAACGCACUCUCUGUGCUCCAGGGACGUAUUGACGAGGGUUCUCUGGACGAAAGACGGGAUUCGUCCGCGAGUACGGUUGACUAUGCUCAUCUCACAGCCACGGGGAUGGUCGGUUCAAUUGCGCGACGUCGUCUUCGCGGGGAAGUUGAGUCAGAUCUCCUCCGCGCUCAUUUCCGCUCAUUGAAGCGGUCUGCUCCGGUUGUUCGUAAGCUGAAAGCUGUCAAGGCCGAAUUGGAUGCGUUAAACGCUGGUUACGAGGGUAUCACCGGAAGACUAGGCGAGAUCUCGCAGCGUGACGAUCGCCUGCGGUGUUCUGUGGAUUCGCUUGCCAAACAACGCAAUGCUAUCACUAUCAAGAAGGAGCUGUUGAAUAGUUUCAAGCGCAAUUUCACACUUAAUCACUACGAAGAACACAGACUUGCCAACGGCGACAUCAACGAUGAAUUCCUGGAUAUCUUAGCCAAGGCGAAAAGGAUAUAUGGCAAUUGUGAGAUCUUGCUCAGUCUCGACAACCCAAAAAUCGGUAUGGAUUUGAUGUCCAAGAUGGGAAGGUCAAUUGAUCUGGCAACACAGCGAAUCUCCAAGUUUCUCAAGCUGGGACUUGGACCUUAUUUCGAGUCCGUCGCCCUGGGCUCAAAUGAUAUCCCAUCGAGUCAGACGGUUCUCCAUAAAACACUAGCAUUUGUUCUUCAUGAGAAUCGUGGUUAUUUCGACGAAAUUGUGGAUAGUCUGGUUCAGACUCGGAGCAAGGCAGUUGUAGAUGAUCUUUUGACGCAGAUCAACGGUCAGGAAGUGCCCACGCGCGCCCAGCAAAACUCUACAAUCCGCCACAUGCGUGGAGAUGAUAGCAGGCCUCUGAUUCUGAGCUCUUACGACUCAAAACGUUUUUUGGGCGACCUCUUAGCAUUUGUUCAUAACGUUCUCGUCAACGAGCGUGAGCUGCUGGACAACCUGUUUGAUCCUGAAGAGACUGAAGCCGAGUUCGACGAUCAGGGGCUUAAAGAGGUGGCCAAAGACAUUCUUGACCGUGUGGUUGGAUCAUUAGCACGGCCAUUCAAAAGCGUUUUUGAGCGUAUUAUCCAUUCAGAGACGAAACUCACUGUAUUGCAGGACAUUCAUGCUUUGUUGGAUCUUUACGAAAUGAUGUUUGAAAAGCUGGUAUCCGCUGUUGAGGAUGAUAAGCCAUCUCCUAUAGUCUCCUCUCUGGCCUCCCUGAAACAGGAAGCGGUUGAUCGUCUGUUUGCCGCGGUUGAUUCAAGACUGAAAGUCGUGUCGAGUGGUCCAGAGUCCGAAAUCGAGCCAAUCAGUCCUGACCUCGGAUUGCCCGAAUGGCUGGUUAGUCUCUACUCUGAAACAAUGCCGUUGUUUGACAACGUAGCCAUUGACGAUAGGUCGUUCAUGAGGCUUUCCACAGAGCAGAGCCAGCGUUUCUUGAAGCUCGUUGUCGAUGAUGUGGUAGGCAUAGUUGAAACUCAGGUGAAGCUGGGAAAGAACAACGCUGACUCGAAACCAAUGGUCAUCCUUAAGCUCAACUGUUAUGACUUCAUGAGCUCAAAGCUGAUCACGAUCCCCAUCAUGGGUGGAAAAAUUGAGUUCUUGAACGGGAAAAUUCACAAAGAGCAAUCCAGGUUGGAGGAGCAUCAGUUCACUCUUUUGCUCCAACGUUCCGGACUGUUUGAUAUGUACAACCUUGUCAACAUGAUCUUUGCGUUGGAUAACUUUGACGAUUAUUUUGAUGUUUCUAUCUACCAGCCAAUCGUGGAGAACCAGUUGUUCACCGAGAGCAACUUUCGCUCUAUCAACGCUCAGCUCGAGAAGUUUCUGCCGAACGCUUUGAUCGAUGUGCAGCAGAAGGAGCUUAUGAAACUCCUGCCUCCAUUGGUGGAGAACGACGUUAUCACCAAUUCGUCAAUUGCCUUUGUCAACUUCUACUAUAAGAUGUGGAUAAUUACGCAUGAGUACCUUCCAACGACCAACGGGGUGCCCAUCUUCAGGUGGAGCGACUCCCAUGUGGCUACUUUGUUGGGGUGUGAGGAGCCAUAUACCAGGCAGAAGAAGGACUUUACGGAGUCGGAAGAGCAAAACUAA